GUUGAAUAAGACCCUGGAGGCCACCGAUUGCGGGGAAGAUAUCACCGAACAACGACGACAGAUUGGCCCUGCAGUCGUCGUCCUGCUCUCCCACUUUCUCUUCUAUACCAUAACGGGCAGUAGAACUCCAUACACAAACGUUCUGUCACCAUAUUCCUCAAUACCCCGCUAUACUUCGUUGGAAUCACCCCAGAGGAUAGAAAUUUUUAGCGGAUCGUAUUAGUGGGAAACAUCAAAACACAGCAAUCAUGGCAGACGACUUAGACGCCCAAAUCAGGGCAACAAAAGCCGCCCGCAAAAGCGAGAAGAAAACGGACAAAGCCUCCCUCGUUGGCGACGUCAGCUACGACACCGAUCUCUACGCCGGCAAAGGCGCAUCCCGUUUCGAAGGCUACAGCGCUUCCCUCCCGGUGAAUGAUGCCGACGACGACGAUGAUGCAGCAGAUCCCGCAAUGAACCAACGCAAGAAACUGUCUUCGGUCACGGCGCCCAAACAGUUCUUUGAGGAGACGACCGCGGAGGAAGAUGCACCGGACCCAAUGGAGUCGUUCCGCCCGUCGCGCAAGAUUGCGGAUAGGGAGUCCGAAUACCACGCCCGACGGCUGAAUCGGCAGUUAUCGCCCGAGCGAGUGGAUGCGUUUUCAACCGGUGGGGAGAAAGAGUCGGCACAGGCGCGGUCGUAUUCGGAGGUGAUGCGGGAGGCAAAUCUGGAUCGGGAGGCGGCGGAUCUGCAGAGGAAGUUGGCGGAGAAGGGCAAGGAGGAGGAGGAGAGGAGGAGGGAGAUGGAGGGGACUGGGGAUUUGAGGGCUUUGGCUCAGGCGCAGGCUAAGGCGGCUGUCGAGAAGGCGAAGGCUGAUGCUGCUGCUGCCGCUGCCACGUCAGCGACGCCGCGGAAACGGAGAUGGGAUCAGGGUGGUUCGGAUGAGCAGGAGAGGAAAUCGGAAUGGGAGGAAGAUGAUUCGGCGCCUUCGUCAGGGAGCAAGGCUAGCAAGUGGGAUGAGACCCCCAAAGCAGAAGCUGUGCCGGCGCGGAAGAGGAAUCGGUGGGAUGAGACGCCGGUUGAUACCGCGAGCUCGUCGGCGUGGGAUGCGACACCGGUCGCCAGCGCCGCUGGUGGAGUUACGCCCGGAGGUACCAAACGUUCAAGAUGGGACGAAACCCCUGUGGGCACGUUCAACCAAUUCGCAGCAACCCCCGUUGGCAACAUGGGGUUGAUGACGCCUAUGGGUGGCUCCCAAAUCCCCAUGACGCCCGAGGCCGUCAACGCACAACGAUGGGAAAAGGAGAUCGAUUACCGCAACCGAUACCUCUCCGACGAGGACCUCGAUGCCAUGUUCCCCACUGAGGGCUACAAGAUCCUCGAACCUCCCGUUACUUACGUACCUAUCCGCACGCCGGCCCGGAAGCUGAUGGCGACGCCGACUCCCAUGGCGGGCCAAGCGGGCGCAGGGUUCAUGAUGCAGGAGGAGGACCGCACGCAGAUGUACGAUGUUCCGCCAGAGAUCCCGGGGGUCGGCGGCUUGCAGUUCUUCAAACCGGAAGAUAUGCAGCAUUUUGGAAAGUUGUUGGAUCAGCGCGAGGAACUGGAACUGACCGUUGAGGAACUGAAAGAGCGCAAGAUCAUGCGGUUGCUGCUCAAAAUCAAGAACGGGACCCCGCCGAUGCGUAAAACGGCUCUGAGGCAGAUCACCGACAAAGCCCGGGAUUUCGGCGCCGGCCCGUUGUUCAACCAGAUCCUGCCCCUGCUCAUGUCCCCAACCCUGGAAGACCAAGAACGCCACUUGCUUGUCAAAGUCAUCGACCGCGUUCUCUACAAACUUGACGACCUCGUCCGCCCCUACGUGCACAAGAUCCUCGUCGUCAUCGAACCCCUCCUCAUCGACGAAGACUACUACGCCCGUGUUGAGGGGCGGGAGAUCAUUUCCAACCUCAGUAAAGCCGCGGGGCUGGCAACCAUGAUCGCCACCAUGCGCCCGGAUAUCGACCAUGUGGAUGAAUACGUGCGCAACACCACCGCUCGCGCCUUCUCUGUCGUCGCGUCCGCAUUGGGUAUCCCUUCUUUACUCCCCUUCCUGAAAGCCGUGUGCAGAUCGAAGAAAUCGUGGCAGGCUCGGCACACGGGUAUCAAGAUCGUGCAGCAGAUUGCGAUCUUGUUGGGAUGCGCCGUCCUCCCGCAUCUGAAGAGUCUGGUGGAAGCCAUCGCUCACGGCCUGGAAGACGAGCAGCAGAAAGUUCGCACCAUCACCGCCCUCGCCAUCGCCGCCCUUGCUGAAGCCGCGGCACCUUACGGUAUCGAAUCGUUUGAUAUCGUCCUCCGACCCCUGUGGGCGGGGAUCAAGAAGCACCGCGGUAAAGGCCUUGCGGCCUUCUUGAAGGCGAUCGGAUACAUUAUACCUUUGAUGGACGCCGAGUAUGCGAAUUAUUACACGAAGGAGGUGAUGAUUAUCCUCAUCCGCGAGUUCCAGUCGCCCGAUGAGGAGAUGAAGAAGAUUGUGUUGAAGGUUGUGAAGCAGUGUGCGGGCACUGACGGGGUUGAACCGGCUUACAUCAAAGCGGAGAUCUUGCCCGAGUUUUUCAAGCACUUUUGGGUGCGUCGUAUGGCACUCGAUCGCCGGAACUACAAGCAGUUAGUGGAGACCACAGUGGAGUUAGCCCAACGCGUUGGCGUCGCUGAAAUCGUCGGCAAAAUCGUCGAAGACCUCAAAGACGAAAGCGAGCCCUACCGCAAGAUGGUCAUGGAAACAAUCGAUAAAGUCGUGUCGCAGCUCGGCACCUCCGACAUUGAUGAACGGUUGGAAGUCACGCUUAUCGACGGUGUGCUCUAUGCGUUCCAGGAACAGACGGUGGAGGAUAUCGUCAUGCUCAACGGCUUUGGAACCGUCGUCAACGCCCUCGGCCUCCGCGUCAAACCCUAUCUGCAACAAAUCUGCUCGACCAUCCUCUGGCGGCUCAACAACAAGAGCGCGAAAGUGCGUCAGCAGGCCGCGGACCUGAUCUCGCGUAUCGCGGUGGUGAUGAAGACGUGUGGGGAGGAGAAGCUGAUGGGUCAGUUGGGCGUGGUGUUGUAUGAGUACCUGGGCGAGGAGUAUCCGGAGGUGCUGGGAAGUAUUUUGAGGGGGUUGAAGAGUAUUGUGAAUGUGAUUGGGAUGGGGAAUAUGACGCCGCCGAUUAAGGAUCUUUUGCCGAGGUUGACGCCGAUUUUGAAGAAUAGGCAUGAGAAGGUGCAGGAGAACUGCAUUGACCUGGUGGGAAGAAUAGCAGACCGCGGCGCCGAAUUCGUUUCUGCACGCGAAUGGAUGCGGGUCUGUUUCGAGCUCCUGGACAUGCUCAAAGCGCACAAAAAAGGCAUCCGCCGUGCCGCCGUCAACACCUUCGGCUACAUCGCCAAAGCCAUCGGCCCGCAAGACGUGCUCGCGACGUUACUCAACAACCUCAAAGUCCAAGAACGUCAGAACAGAGUCUGCACCACAGUCGCGAUUGCUAUCGUGGCUGAAACAUGUUCGCCGUUCACGGUCCUGCCUGCGUUGAUGAACGAGUACCGAGUCCCGGAACUGAACGUUCAGAAUGGAGUCUUGAAAUCGCUGAGUUUCUUGUUUGAGUAUAUCGGCGAAAUGGGCAAAGACUACAUCUACGCCGUCACGCCUCUCCUCGAAGACGCGUUAGUCGACCGCGACCUCGUCCACCGCCAGACCGCCUGCACAACCGUCAAACACAUGUCCCUCGGGGUCUUUGGUCUCGGCUGCGAAGACGCCCUCCUCCAUCUCCUCAACACUGUCUGGCCCAACAUCUUUGAAACGUCCCCGCACGUCAUCAACGCGGUGAUGGACGCGAUCGACGGCCUGCGAGUGGCCCUCGGACCGGCUGUGAUACUGCACUAUGUGAUGCAGGGGCUGUUUCAUCCGGCGCGGAGGGUGAGGGAGGUGUAUUGGAAGAUAUACAAUAAUUUGUAUAUUGGGGCGCAGGAUGCGCUGGUGGCGUGUUGGCCGAGGAUUGAGAAUGAUCAGAGGAAUGUGUAUGAGAGGUAUGAGUUGGAUUUGGUUAUUUAGGGUGGUGGUGGGAGAGGUGGAAGUGGGAUGGGUGGAGUGGCAGUGGAAAGGCACAAUGGUGGGAGGGUGUUCCAUAGGUACCUAGCUAUCCCGCAACCCCGAACUGGAGUGGAAGAGAGCUCUCCUCACACCACGAAAAAAAGUGUACAUUCGUCCGUUCGUCCAAGGUGUCAUAUUACGAGCAGCCUUGAUCUACCAAAUGCCCCCGCCUCUUUCACACGAAGACGAGUGCAUGAUGGACUCUGCGGGCGCCCUUUCUCGUUACCCAGUACAACGCAGUAGGUAUGUGGACGGGCCGCCGAGGAAUACAGUAAAUCGCACGGAAACGCGCUAAAGAGCCCGAAAAAGCACAAGAAGCACAU